AUGUGCCCGGAGGAGGACGGAGGUUGCGGCGUGGUGGGGACCGGGGGGCCGGAGGGGCUGGGCGAGCUCCGCUCCUGGUGGGAAGUCCCGGCCAUCGCUCACUUCUGCUCCCUCUUCCGCACCGCUUUCCGUCUGCCCGACUUCGAGAUAGAGGAACUGGAAGCUGCACUUCACAGGGAUGAUGUGGAGUUUAUCAGUGACCUGAUUGCCUGCCUCCUUCAGGGUUGCUAUCAGCGCAGGGACAUCACGUCACAGACGUUUCACAGCUACCUUGAGGACAUUAUCAACUACCGCUGGGAGCUGGAGGAAGGGAAACCCAACCCCCUACGGGAAUCCACUUUCCAGGAUCUGCCGCUGCGCACCCGCGUGGAGAUUCUGCACCGCCUCUGCGAUUACCGGCUUGAUGCAGAUGACGUCUUCGAUCUCCUCAAGGGUUUGGAUGCCGACAGCCUCCGUGUAGAACCGCUGGGUGAGGAUAGUAAUGGCGCCCUCUAUUGGUAUUUCUAUGGCACUCGUAUGUACAAAGAAGAGCCAGUGCAGGGGAAAUCAAAUGGAGAGCUGGCUUCAGACAGGGGAAGUGGGGGCCAGACAAACACCCCAAAUGUUCCUGGGAAAACAGGCAAGAGACGAGGGCGACCCCCAAAACGGAAGAAACUGCUGGAGGAGAAUCUGUUGAGGGAGAAGCCUGAAGAGAACUCACUCGUGCAUGAGACCCAGAUGAAAAAUGGGUCCCAGGGACCAGGCCGUGGGACAUGGUGGCUGCUGUGUCAGACAGAAGAGGAAUGGAGACAAGUCACAGAGAGCUUCAGAGAGAGAACCUCCCUAAGAGAAAGGCAGCUCUACAAACUCCUGAGUGAAGACUUCCUGCCUGAGAUUUGCAACAUGAUUGCCCAGAAGGAGAAGCGUCUGCAGCGCACAGAGUUUUCACCCAGGUGGAUGUCUGACCGUCAGCCAAUUAAACCAAUCCAGCAGGAGGUGACUCCAAGUGUGCUCAGCAGGAUGGAGAAGCAAAGGCGCAGGGAGGAAGAGGAGGAGCGCCAAAUCCUUCUGGCAGUGCAGAAGAAGGAGCAGGAACAGCUGCUAAAGGAGGAGAGGAAGAGGGAGAUGGAGGAGAAAGUCAAAGCAGUGGAAGAACGAGCCAGGAGGAGGAAACUCCGGGAAGAACGGGCUUGGCUUCUGGCCCAGGGGAAGGAGCUUCCCCCAGAGCUUUCCCACUUGGAUCCCAGUUCUCCUGCUAGGGAGGAAAGGAAGACCAAGGAUCUCUUUGAACUGGAUGAUGAGUUCACCGCCAUGUACAAAGUUCUAGAUGUGGUAAAGGCUCACAAGGACUCUUGGCCCUUCUUGGAACCAGUAGAUGAAUCAUAUGCUCCAAACUACUACCAGAUCAUUAAGGCUCCCAUGGACAUUUCUAGCAUGGAGAAGAAGCUGAAUGGAGGUCAGUACUGCACCAAGGAGGAGUUUGUGGGUGACAUGAAGACCAUGUUCAGGAACUGCCUAAAAUACAAUGGUGAAGGCAGCGAAUACACCAAGAUGGCAUACAACUUGGAGAGAUGCUUCCACCGGGCAAUGAUGAAGCACUUCCCUGGUGAAGAUGGGGACACAGAUGAGGAGUUCUGGAUCAGAGUGGAUGGGAAACGGGAGAAGAGGAGCCGUCGGACCGGGCGCUCGAGCACUGGCAAUGUUUGGACCCGAUCUAGAGACCCUGAGGGAUCAGGCAGGAGACAGCAACACCUGGAGAAUGGAGGGAAACCACCACCAUUCCGGGCUGCUUCCCGGGCUCCUGUUUCCUCCUCAUCUUCCUCCUCUGCAGAGGAACCAAGUGGCAGCACAAUGCAACCCCCUCGGGAGGUGGGCGCUUCCAACGGCCAAGGCUUCCCUCGCCCACUGCAUUAUGGUGGAAUGCCCAGCCAGGUGCCACACCCUGGCCAGAUGCGGCCAGCAGUGCCAGGAACAUUUGGCCCUCUGCGGGGAUCAGAUCCAGCCAAACUGUAUGGAUCACCGCGAGUACCAGAGCCCCACCCUGGAGAUCCAGUUCAGCAGCACCAGCACUUUGCCAUGCAGUCUACAGUCGGACUGAAUGAACACAGAGGACACAGACUGGCUGCACCAGAGAAGCAGAUGUGUGCAGGGCCAACACAUGUCUCUGCACUGGGGCCACAGCCUGGAUCCCUGCAGCUUGGGCGGAUGAGUGGCCCUCCCCCAGAUGCUAGUAUGUACCCCCCAGUGCAGUUCCAGCAAGGAUUUAUUCCUCCAAGGCACAAUGGACCUCCAAUGAGACUACCUGAAAGCUCAGAGGUCCUCCCAGGCCAUAUGUAUAGACCAUAUAAAUAUCUAAAUCGAGCACAUCCUGCUGCAUGGAAUGGAAGUCACAGUGCUACAAACCAGACCUCCCUGGGCCCAGACGAGAAGUCCCCGUUGAGCACAGGACCUUCUUUGCAGUCUCGUGCUCUUAGUCAUAUGAUGGACCCUCGGGCAAUAAGACCACCUCUGCCUCCCAGCCAGUGGACUGAGCAAUCAAAUUUCCUACCUCAUGGGGUCCCUGCCUCAGGAUACAUCAGACCACCUGGUAAAGCCACCGGUCAGAGAAUGCAGCAGCCUCCAGCCUCUGUGUUUGGUGGACCCCCUCAAAUUCAGAGAGGAUGCCAAGGUGGGGAUUCCAUGAUGGACAGUCCAGAGAUGAUCGCCAUCCAGCAGCUGUCAUCUCGUGUGUGCCCACCGGGUGUGCCUUACCACCCCCGUCAGCCUCCUCCCCCGCAUCUGCCUGGCCCCUUCCCACAGCUGGCCCAUGUCGCAUCAGCAAAUGUGCAGCCUCCGAAACCAGUCUUGGGUAAUGGAAACCCUCAGGAUGCCAGUCAGACAGUGGAGCCAGAAAGCAACCGAGUGGAGCCCCCACCUGGAGUAGAAGAGAAGGCUCAGUGCAUCAGUGUUCCAGAAGGGACGUACCCCAAACUGCUACCUCAUUCCAACCCCCCUCUACAGAUGGACUGCACCAGACGGAGCUUGCCACGGGAGGAGGAGGAAGAUGACUCUGGAACUAAAAAUGACCCAAAGGCAAUGCAAAGCAAGAGUGCCUGGCCAGGACAGAGCACCUACACUGGCCCGACAGGCCAGGCCUGUGUGAGAGACCUUGUGACAGCACCUGAGAGAGGGCCUGGGCCUGAAAAUGGGGCUGUAGGUGAAGGACCCACCAGUGGCAAUGAGGGGAAAGGACUGGCGGUUAACAUCUUGGAGAAGCCCCUUUGUCCUGGGGGGAAGACUUUGUCAGAGGUCGCUGUGCCUUGUAUGGGACAAAGCACCAGUACUCCUGGUGUGGAUGGAGGCUCAGUGGGGGGUGCUUCGAGCCAGUUUCCCCCUCUCUACAUGCCUGGUUUGGAAUAUCCAAAUUCAGCCACACGUUACCAUAUCAAUCCAGGACUGCAGGGGUUCAGCCCUAUGAUGGGAGGGAAGCCUCCUUCUGUGUCCCAUCCACAGCAUUUCCCCACUCGGGGCUUUCAGCAUAGUAACACCCAUCACGGUGUCUUUCCUCGGUAUCGUCCCCAUCAGGGGGUGCCCUAUCCCUAUCAGCCACAACCUCCACCUUCCUACCACCACUACCAGCGACCUCCAUACUACACUUGUCCACAAGGCUACUCAGACUGGCAAAGGCCUCUCCACCCCCAGGCCAACCCUGGUGGGCAUCCGCCCGCCCACCCACCUCUGGCUAGGCCUUCUUUCUCAGACAGGGGGAAUGUGGGUAGUCUUCAGGGCUGCGAGGCAUUCAGCACUGCCCUGGCGUCCCCAAACCGAAUGGACGUGGCAAGCGCCAAAGAGGUUCCUCCAGGCGAUGGGCAGGAUCCAGGACCUGAAGAUGAGAAGUCAGAUGAAUCCCAGGAGAGGCCAGAGAGUCCCAAAGAGUUUCUUGAUUUGGACAACCAUAAUGCAGCCACCAAGAGGCAGAGCUCAGUGGCAGCAGGGGAGUUCCUAUAUGGGGCUCUCCCCCCGCCUCUGAGUUCUGGGAUCAGAUUUGGUCCAUCAGCUUUCCCUCCCCAUGGGGUGAUGCUGCAGACAGGGUCUCCUUAUGCAUCCCGGCAUCCAGCCAGUCAUUUCCAGCCCAGGACCUAUGGAUCACCAGUGAAUGCUCACCUGUCUCGUCAUCCAGCCACCGGCCAAGCCAAUGGUCUCACUCAGGAGGGACCCUUGUACCGCUGCCGGGAAGAGAACAUGGGUCACUUUCAGGCCCUACUGAUGGAGCAGAGAGGCAGCGGAGGUGGCAUGGGGGUGCCCCAGGACAUGUACAGACCAGCGGGAAUGCAAAUACACCAGACCCAAGCACCCUUCCCAAAGGUGCCUACAGCAACCACGUCCCGGGAAGAGCUGCCACCACAAAAACCAUCAGCAUUGCCUCUGGAUCAAAGCUAGUCCAAGGAAGGAAGAAUCCCAAGGAGAUGAAAGCCACAAGUGAUUUGGACAUGGGGGAAGGAGGACAUAGGCAUCCUACCUUCCCCCUCUCCCCAGUGGCAUAUAGCUUCCAGGGUCCAGUGGAACACAGUGCCUUGAUGGCUCUUGUGUGUGUUUAAACAUGGGAUAGUCCUGGGUCCCUGGCUACUGGCUGUAUGGCUGAUCUCAACAGCACAGAGGAUGCAUCACAAACUAGUGGCUUGUCAUGACUGGAAAGUGUGUCUCAUUCAGGGUUUGGGUUGGGAGGGGGAGAUCGAAACUGUCAUGAACUGCUAAACUCAGGUAUAUUUUUCAGGGUGGAAGAGGGACAACGAUUGAAUUUACUUGUAGUAUUAACGUGUGUGUUUGGAGCUGGAUCCAGUUUACAGAAUUUACCUGUUGCCUUUUUUAAUAAAUUUCUGUUGUUGGUGAAUGUAUUGUACAUAAUGGGGGAGGGAUGGGACCCAGCUUGUAGUGGGCGUAGCACUGGGGUGAUCCUUAACUGUUUACAAUCAUGUCACACACAAAUCUUUCAGGGCAUGGCAGUGGGGGAGAUGAUGGGAACUUUGCAACUUUCUAUUCCUCCCCUUCCUCCAGUCCUCUAGAGCUAAGACACAACCCUGUAAUUGAUCACAGGGACUGCUCAGGAGCAAAGCAUGGCACUCUCCUCUUCCACGCAGUAGUUGAGUGCACUUCCACCUCCUGCCAUCAUGGGGAACAAGGAAACCAGGAGCAGGAACUGAAAGUCUCUCAUAGCAUUGUCCUCUAGACAUUUCUGGUAUGAAUCAUCUGGGUACCAGCAAGUGGCUAAUUAUUCAUUUGUACCUUAGUCCUCUUUAGGUGACGCCAAUGCAGUUUGGAGAAAGAAACAUGGAGUGGUGGUAUGGAGUUGGUGUCUUUAUUGGAACAAGUAAUUGUGCAAGGGGUAUAAUACCCCUUAGAAAGGAGACAGGAAUAGAGAGAUCCCCGGUUUUCUGUCAAUGUAACUUGUCAUCUUUGAUGAAAGCAAAGCAGAAAUAGAGUCCCUCUUAAAUGAUGAGAACUCCAGCUUUCAUGUGAAAUAGGAAAUGGAACUGCUUUAGGGAGGGCCUGUCUGAUGCAACGUGAGCAAGUUGUCAACCUGUGGCGCCAGCUUUGGACGUUUUGUAAAUUAGUAGAUAAAUGUGAAUCAGAAAUUAUUUCUUCCAGCUAGAGUGAUUAAGGGGCACAGUGGACGUUGUGGAGUGGGACAAGAAUGCCUUGGGUUAAUGCACUAGUCUUUCCUGCUAGAACUUGCGUUUAAAUCUAGCUUUGAUUACAAAUUAAAUGGGUUUGGUGUGGUCUUAUCCUUGCCCAUUAGAAGCAGAUAUUUGUCCACAUUGUAAAGCCACCAAGCAGGCACAGCUGUGAGCCUUGGAGACAGGACUAGGUCUGUGGGACAAGAAGGGAAGGUGUUGCUACAUUGGUGGGACUGAGCAGGGGCCCGGUGUUGAUAUAAGGCAUACUGCUGGAUGGGACUGCAGUGCAUCAGCACCUGUGACUGUCCUGUUACUACUUUUAUCCACAGCUUUUGUGAGCUUCAGAAACUUGCUGGAUUAAAAAUAAACAUUCUUGAAGCUGUCCAGAUGAGGACAGAAUAAUGUUUUAGUGUUUGCCGCAUUUCCUAGUAACUCUGGCUGGUCUGCUGCUGUGAUACUGUUCACCUCUAGUAGUGUUUUGCUGGGUUCCAGGCAUUUUCCUAAUUCUGGGCCCACAAACUUAACAGGAGUUUAAGCAUCAGUGUUCUCUGCUACCUAGACACACACACUUGCAGUGGUAUUCACACUAGAAUCAAAUACGCAUUGAGUGGCAAGUGUGUUUCUAAAAUGCAACUCUUCUUACUCCAUGUUGAAGUCAACCUGUUAAUUAUCUGCCCUCUGCUUAUAGCAGUGCCCUGAUUAUUUGGCGUAUGCCCGGCCCCAAGCCCUCAUGCAACUCAGAGGAAAUCUAGUAUAAAUUAUUUGACUAUCUAAUUACAUAGAACAUCACGUUAGUAAAGUGUCUGUUUUAACUAGUCUUUAUUCUGUUCGGCAGACAAGGAGUAGCUAUCCUUGGCAGUGUGGUGUAGGCUAGGGUAGAGUUCUCAACCUUUUUCUGUCUGAGCCCCCCUCCUCCCCAGCAUGUUAUAAAAACUCCACGGCCUGGGGGGGCAGGAAGGGGGGAGAGAGAGAAUGGCUCUGGGCUUCAGCCACAGGGCACUGGGCUUCUGCCCCAUAGGGCACCAUGGCUUGAGGCUUUAACCCCAUGGGUGUGGGCCACAUGGCUCUGGGCUUCAGCCCUGCGAUUUGAGGCGCUUGAGGCUUCUGCCCUACAGGGUGCCAGGGUUCGGGGCUUCUGCCACAGUGUGCUAGCGCUUGGGGCUCUGAGCAUUCUGCCCUGAGCCCCAGCCAAUCUAAAGCUGGCCCUGCUUCGCGGACCCCCUGCAAAUGGCUUGCAGACUCCCAUUGAGAACCACUGGGCUGGAACACAGGAAAUGGAACUGCAGCUCACUGCCGGAAUAAAUGGGAGUUGGGCAGUCUCUUCCCUCAGAGAGAGAGAGGCUUAGGCCCAUUCAGUGAAUGGAAGUACUGAAGCAGUGUCAAGUAUAAAAAGUGAAAUGUGCAUGUGUGACCACAUUCCCAGAUGAUAAACGUGGCUGGUAGGGAAAGUUUUAAAUACAGCAGUUAUUCCUAUUUAAAAACCUUUGGUUCAUUGGUGAUAUAAAAAAACUAAAACAAAAGAGCACAUUUAAAAACCAAGAAACUCUAAAUAUAAUUUUAUGGCCAAACAUCUGAAACUCUAGAAAUUGAAUUCAGAUUCUACAAACAACCUCUACUCCAGUAUGGCACAGGCCCUGCAUAUGAUGUAAGGUGGCAGCUAUACCAAAUAUUUAAAGUACUUUUCAACUUCCUGUAAACUCCUCUUUGUCUUUGUAGGAUAGGAGGGUUUGUAAAUUGUGGAGAAUGAGAUAAAGCACUUGCAUCUCCAGUUAAUACUAGUAUUGGAAAUGGAGUUUGAGUGGAGAUCUCUGUGUAAAUGGAGGGUCCGAUGUCAGCCUCACAUCAAAAAGGGGCAGAGCUGCAUAUGAUGAGACUAGUGUGGUUUGUACUCUCUCCUUAGAGAGGGUUGUGGAAUGGUAGAUAAUGCUGAGUGUUUGAACACCAUAUACAGGGUGUGAGAUAUCAAAGUAUGGCCGGCUCUUGACUUAGCGGAAAUGUGGGAGGGAGGAGGGACAAAGGUGAUCAGUAUCCAGUGAACAAGAGACAGGAUGGAGUAGCUAACUCCAUUCUAGGAAGGCCUGUAUGUGACGGCUCUUAUGUAGCGUGGAGUUAGUAGGUUAUUGGAUUAUGGGCUGCUGUAACUGGGCACAUCAGGGCUGUAACCAGGGUGGAGCAGUUGCCUAGGGUGCAAAGCCACGGGGGCAGAAAAAUGAGGCAGACAAAUGUCAGGGAAAAAAAGGCAGGGGGCGCAAAUAUGCUUUCUCGCCUUAGGUGCUAAAAUGUCUACUUACGACUCUGGGGCACGUGGCUUAUAUUGGAAAUAUAUGACAGGAAUCAUGAUUGUUUACAGUAAUAGGAGUAGGGUGUUCUGGGACAGAAUUGUUUGUGGAAUCUUAACUGAAUCUCCAGCUUUUCAAAUAGUUUGUUCAUAAAUUGUUAUUUCUAUUACAGUAUUGCCUAGGAAUCCCACUCAAGGAUCAGGGCCCCAGCCCAUGAGCACUGUACAGCCAAAUCACAAAGAAAACAACCCUGCCCCUGAGAGAUCACACUCUACAUAAUAGACAGGAUACAACAGGUGGGAAAAAAGAGUCAGAGUGGACUGGGAGAAUGAAGGAACAAUAAAAAGAAUGGAGAUUAGUGGAAAAGCAGAAGUUACAGUUCACCACUUGCCUAGGCAAUGCCAGGCAGGAGUGAUUUUAGGCAUCUUUGCAGAGAGGUUUUUAAGGAGGAUUUUAAAGAGAAUAGGGAGUAGCUCUUUGAGUAUUGAUGGUAUUUUUUCCAUGCAUCGGUGAGAGAAUUGUAACUUUACUUUACUUUAAAAUUUUCUGACUCGAGCAUUUGAAUUUUAUCACUGCUACACAUCAGCGAGGUUUUUGGCAGAUGUACAGUGGGUUGUAGUGCUUCCUGAUUGGGCCCCUAAGCACUACAGUAAUACAAAUGAACAAGAAGUAAUCCCAUUAAACCAGUGAUAUGCGGAAACUUCUUGUAGUUACACUACUUCAGGUGCAGAGAACAGGUUUUGCUAUAAUUACCAAUGUGGGAUAAAAACAAGGCUAUAUAAUAUUUAGAACAGAUACUGUGCUGAAAGAUCUUGUGAUCACCAACACACAUGACAUAAAGAAGUAACUUCAAAAUGAACCGACCAAACCACUCAAAAAUAAUCAAGGCACCAGCCCUCCAAUCAGGACAAUAUAGUAAACCAAAUUUGGAGUUUCUAGCUGAGCUGUUUGAUAACUCCAGAAAGUGUGAGGAACCUUUUUUGGAAAAGCAAACUUAUGUUUUUUGGUGUCAAGUGGUCGCAUCUGAUUAACACCUUGCUGCACGACUCCCUAGAUUUUCUAAAACAUAUCUCUGACGCAGGAGCACCAUGUGUGAGAAAUCUCAAGUGGAUUGUGGUAUAAUGUUUGCCAAGUUAGCUUCUUGGAGGCUUGGAGAGGUAUCAGAAUUAAUGGUUUAACAGAAAACUAGUCACAGCAUUAACUACGAAGAGAGUGUCUUCCCUGUGGCUUUUCUUCCCUCACACCGCAGCCCUCCUCCAUUUAAAAUGAAAAAGGGAGUAAUUAGACAAUAACCUGUUGUAUUUUCCCUUCUGCUAUUCAGUCCCUUCAUAAUCUGUAGGUCAUUAGCUGUGUCUUUAUGCCCAGCCAGGAUUGUUUCCAUAUCCUUUAUGACCUCAUCCUGUUUCCAGUUUCAAGAUGGCAGUGGGGAGACACCUCUCUUGGGUGCUGCCUUUUGGUCAUUGUGCAGCAAUACUCUGACUUUGGGGCAUGCAAAGAACGUGGUUAGGUGAGGAGAAGAUGCAGAAUGAGGUCAUGUUUAGUGGUAAACCUGCAGUUCCCAUCAUCUCAAGGGUACUUCAGGGAAUGAAUAGUGGCACCUGUAUGGAUGCUAGUGGUUCCUAUUGCAUAGCAGCGGUGCAGCUGGAUCUAGUUUAAUAAAACCAGCCUGUAAAAACUUUAUUUCAGCCCUUUGGUGUGGAGGGCUGCUGCUGUGUAUUUCCCAUUCUGCUUUAUGCACACAGCUGUACUGGCUGAAUAGCAGGUGUGUGAGCACUGUGCCAUCUCUCUAAAGCUGAGAUUGAGAUGGCAGGUCAUGAAAAUGUUGUUGCAGCUGCAGGUCAUGUGAUGGGCUUAAUAGCUUGUGCAUAUUGUAACCGAAAAGGCGUCUCAAACACUGACCUUCCAGCCUUUCCCCAUCUGUAUCUGUUUAGCAUACAGAUGGGGUAAAGCACAUUCCAGCUUUGCAGGACCCCUGCCGCCCAUGCGGAAGGAAAAUACUUUUAACUGGCACUUAAUGAACCUACCAUUCUUGUUCCCUCCACUCCCCACCCCACCAAUCAGGAAAAAAACCCUUUCCAAAUGCCUUUGAAUAAGAACUGUCCUGGUGAGAGCUGGGCUAAUCAGUCCCCUGUGUGUGGGAAGCCAGGGCAGCGUGUGUUUGGUGAACUGGGAAUCAGGAUCCAAGUGUGUUUUCUGUGCCUGUGUUGGGUUUAAUGAUGCUACAUCCCUUGGGGCAGUCCCCCUUCCUUUCACUACCAUGCUCACUGGCAGUAUUCAAGAAGUGGUGGGAUGUUGUAGACAACACUGUUUACAGCACAUUGGUUUGGAUUUGCCUCAUCACAUUCCGGUCAUCUGCAUUUCCAUUGAUGAAGGUCUUCCUUCUUUUGAAAAUGCAGAUGGAAUUGGCACAAAUCAGCGAUGGGGCCAGUCCCAGAAGUCAAGGGAAGAGAGAGAG